CCCCCCCUCAUCACUUACAACUCACACACACGACUCUCUAGUCUCUAAUGUGAAGAGCAGAGCCAGAUAGAGGGGGAGAGAGAGAGAGAGAAUAAAGAAGGAAUUCUGAGAAAAAAAGAAUGAUGCUGAAGGAAGAGGGGAGUUCCGGCGGAAGCAGAGGCGGAUGGGCGCGGAUGUGCGACUCCUGUCGCUCUGCAGCCUGCGCAGUCUUCUGUCGGGCGGACUCCGCGUAUCUAUGCGCCGGGUGUGACGCACGCAUCCACGCAGUCAACCAGGUGGCCUCGCGGCACGAGCGCGUGUGGGUUUGCGAGGCUUGCGAGCGAGCUCCUGCAGCUUUUACCUGCAAGGCCGACGCUGCCGCCCUCUGCACCACCUGUGAUGCCGACAUACACUCGGCCAACCCGCUUGCCCGGCGCCACCACCGGGUCCCCAUCCUCCCCAUCGCUGGAUGUUUGUAUGGCCCUUCACCUACAAACCCCGGUAGGCGUGUGAGGCCUGAUAUCAAUAUAGAGGAUGGGUUCAUGACCCAAGAAGGAGACGAGGACAUAGAUGAAGAAGAUGAAGAUGAAACAGCAUCUUGGCUGUUGCUCAACCCUGGUAAGAAUGACAACAACCAGAACAAUAAUGGGUUCUUGUUAGGUGGGGAGGUUGAUGAGUACCUCGAUCUUGUGGACUAUAGUUCUUGUACUGACAAUCAGUACAAUCAGCAGCAGCAUUACAGCGUUCAGCAUAAGAAUGAUGGGAGUGACAGCGUUGUGCCAGUUCAGUGCUUGGCAGUGAAGGAGGAGCAACAGCAACAAAAUCUUCACCUGGACAUGGAUUACGAUGCUUCAAAACCUGGAUUCAGUUAUAGUCACAGUGUCUCCCUGUCAUCAAUGGAUGCCAGUGUGGUACCAGAUGCUAUGAUGAAUGACAUAUCCAACUCCCACUCCAGACCACCCAAAGGAACGAUUGACCUCUUCUCAAGCCCUCUUGCAAUGCCUCCACAGUUCACUCCCAUGGACAGAGAGGCCAAAGUCCUUAGAUACAGAGAGAAGCGAAAAACUAGGAAGUUCGAGAAGACAAUAAGGUAUGCCUCUAGGAAGGCCUAUGCAGAGACCAGACCUCGCAUCAAAGGGCGGUUUGCAAAGAGAACAGAUGUGGAAGUUGAAGUGGAACAGAUGUUCUCCACCACUGUACUUGCAGAAAGUGGUUAUGGUGUUGUCCCAUCAUUCUAACUCAAAAGGGGAAAAGAAGAAAGAGGAUCACACCAUCUGGGUGUGAGAGAAGUAUGAUCUGUCUGUAUUAUCACCAUUACUAUAUUAUGGCAAGCAGUUUGACUUGAUGAGAAUCAUGCAUGUUAACUUGCAGGUUCUCUUUUUCUUUUUUCUCUCUUCCCCCCUGUAAAUACAUAAUAACGUCAGAACUUGUAAUUGUAGCUUCUGCAUCUAUUUAUUCCUUCUGAUUAUCAUGCCAAUUUUGAA